AUGCAGUACGAAAAACAAAUGGAUGAGAUGAGUCUAAUUUCGGUUUCGAGACAUGUAAUGUGCGAUCAACCUCAGCGCAUCGAACUUCACGGAUUCUGCGAUGCGUCAGAGGCAGUUUACGGGGCAUGCAUCUACAUACGAAGCUUCAGUCAGUCGGGGCAAGUAGUAUCGAGACUACUAUGUGCAAAAUCCAGAGUGGCACCGCUCAAGAACCUCACAUUGCCUCGGCUUGAGUUGUGUGGAGCAGUUUUGCUGGCUCAACUCGGGUGGACCGUACAACAAGCAUUAUCCGUUCAAUUUGAUCAUAUCCAGUACUGGAGUGACUCAACAAUAGUGCUCUCUUGGAUCAACCACAAUUCUAGAGAGUUACAAACGUUCGUAGCCAACAGAGUUUCAACUAUUCAACAACUAACAUCAGGAGUUCAGUGGACACAUGUUCGGUCAAAGGAAAAUCCCGCAGACCUCAUAUCGCGAGGAACAACGCCUCAGAAUCUCAAAAAUCUAAACUUGUGGUGGUCCGGACCAGAUUGGCUCUUGGAAGAUUGUCAGGAUUGGCCGGCUGAAACUUAUACAAAGGUAUCUCCAAUUCCAGAAUUAAAGAAACAAACAGUAAUCACUUACUGUGACUCAUCGAGCCGCGAAAUCUUCACGAGAUUUUCAUCGCUUUCACGAUUGAAGAGAGUCAUAGCUUAUUGCAUGCGAUUCAAAAAUAAUACAUUGAUGAAGCAAACACGAAAAACAGGGCAUCUGUCCAUUGAGGAAUUGAAUAAUGCCAUGCUGCUAUUGAUACGAAUGGUUCAAGCAGUCGAAUUCGCGACUGAGUUAUCAUUGACUUGA